AUGAGUUUCUUAUCAAUUUUUCAAUUUAUAGAAAAUCCUCAAAAUACUGAUCAAAGCAAACAUAUGGUACUUGUCUCAGCACUUCAUGAAGUCGUUAUAAGUAGAGAAACAGAAAAGAAUAUUGAUUCAAUACAUCGCUGUGUAAAUGAAUUAUUAAAAUUAGUUAAUGUUACAGCACAACCAAUAAAUGACAAAAGUGAUAUUAACGAACUAAUAUUUCAAUUUCUUAUUCAAUUAAGUAUCUAUAGGUCUAUGAUAGCAUUCAAACUUGAUGCAACAGAAGUUGGUCAAAGUCUAAUAACUGUUUCAGGGAAAUUAUUAUACUUAACUUCAGGAAAAGGAAUUCUUGAAGUUCUGGUUGGUGAUCCUUUAAGAAAUUUAUCUGAAGCACAAAUUAAUCAAAUUCAACACGAUGAUAUUUUAUAUGCUCAACUAUCCAGAAUUAAAGCUGAAUAUGAAAACGCUGUCAUAAGUCAAAAUACAAAAGUUAAUAACGAAAGUGAUUCAACUGAUAUGGAAAUUCAACAAUCAAAGAUGGUUAUUUCAAACACAAAUUUUGCUUUUAAACAAAGGGCAAAUCAACAACAAAUCCAAGCUAUACAAAAUAGACUUCAAGAACUUAAUCCAAAUGCUUCUAUUAAAAUAGAGAAUGAUGUAGAUUUAGAUUUAAAGAAAGUAGAUAUUUUUGUUUCUACAUUAAAAAUGUCAAGUUUAUAUCCAUGUUUAAGUCCUAUUACUCAAGCACUAAUUAAGUCAGAAUGUAAAGGUCUUGGUGUUAUUUGGCUUAAUACCCUUAAACAAGUAAGAACAGAACUUAUAAAAAAAAUGUUUAUUGAAAGUAAAAAUAAUGGGGAAUUAGAUACAGCAAUACAAAUUAAUGUAUUUGAUGUUUGUGGAGAAACUAUUAUUAGUAAAUACCGUAAAGAAUAUGAAGACAAGGAUAGAAAGAUUCAAGAAUUAAUGAAUUCUCUUAGAAAUGCACAUCCCUAUCAUUUUAAUGUUGAAACACCAUUCUUGUUAGAAGAAAAAGGGGUCUCAGCAUCACCUUAUUUACCAGUUAUAGAAACAUUUAAAAGAAUUAGUGUUUGUAAAUACCUAUAUCAAAAACUCACAAUAGGAGCAACUUUAUUACAUGAAAUAGAAAAUGUUAUUGAUGGAUUUUAUUUAAGAACAGGAAAAAAAAGAGAGGUAUUAGGAGCUGAACAAUUACCUCCACUCUAUUCUUAUUUAUUAUUUAAAUCAAAAUAUCCAAAUGUUUAUAGUGAUUCUAUGCUUAUACAAGAUUUUCUUGAUGACUCUAGUGCAUUAGAUAGAAGAGGUCAUUGGAUUUCUAUUCAUAUGCAAUGUGUUGAAUUUAUUUUAUCAUUAAAUAAAUACCAAAUGGAUAAUAAUUUAAUUUCAAGUUUAAUUACUGAAGGGCAUGAAGGAACAGUCAUUGUUAUUGGAAUGGAAGGUAUUGGUAAAACAACACUUGUUAAAUCUCUUAGCAUGAGAGAAAUUAAAACUGUUGAUGAACAUUGUUUUGGAGUACGUUGUGGUAAAUUAGAGAUAUUAGAAUGGGAUAUAUAUGGAGACAAAUCUGAUAUGAUCCCAAUGCAACAAAUUAGGAAUAUCAGUGGGGUAGUUUUGUGUAUUCCAAAUAUUGAUGAAUACACUAUCAAUACAUCAUUCGCUUUAGCAGCUCCAGUAUUAAAUUCAUUAAAACAUCCAGUCCCAUUGUUAUUAUUAAUGACUCGGCAUGAUAUUUGUCCUACUAUUACUCUAGAAAAUUUCCCUAAAUUAACAAAUUUAAUAUUCAGUAAUAUUAGUCGUUUAGAACUAUCAUUAUGUUCAGUUAAUGGAGGUUAUGGAAUUUAUGAAUCUUUUAUGAAACUUAGAGCUCAUUAA